GACGCUGCAGGCUGGAAGUCUCAUCUGACUGCAAAUAAACGAGUCAUGUUAAAUGACAAAAACUUCACUGACGAGGAAUAAUUUCCGCAUUUUCUGACAAAAAGGAGGCCAAGAUUAUGCGGAUAAUUUCUGAAUCCACUGUGCCAUCCCACUGAAGCUCUCCAUGUGAUGCCACACUUUUGCGCAACAGGUUCCGAGCGUUAAAUUUAUCGACCCCGAUCAAUGUAGGAAGAAGAAGCAUGCUGUCCCCGUUUUGGCUCUUUGGCACCGAGCAGGAGAUCAACUCAUGGGAUGUAGUGGAUGCAGAGUCAGGUUCAACUUUGGCAAGGUGCUCUCCAAAGUCUCGGUGUUUUUUACCAUGGUCCUGAUCUUCACCUACUUCUUCUACUGCCUCACCGGAUUCUGCGAUACGGCUCCGAGAACUUUAUACAGCCAACAAGUUUCAGACUAUGACAUUUUGGACGAUCAUCGCCGCGUUUUGGACGAACUGCGACCGUCGCCGCGUCUCCUCGCUGACGCGCACCGGAACCGCACAGCCUCCGCGGACGCAGAGCAGGUGGACGCGCCGGGACAGCCGCCUCAAUACAUGUCGGACAGCGCCAAGGAGAGCGCCGAGAGCAACGGCAUCCCCGUGUCCAACACUUUCGGGACCAAAAGGUUCCCGCAGGCGAUUAUAAUCGGUGUGAAAAAAGGAGGAACUCGCGCCCUGCUGGAGUUUCUCCGCAUCCACCCGGACGUGAGAGCGGUCGGCGCGGAGCCUCACUUCUUCGACAGGUUUUAUGAUAAAGGACUGGAGUGGUACAGGAACCUGAUGCCGCGGACGCUGGACGGCCAGAUCACCAUGGAGAAGACCCCCAGCUACUUUGUCACAAAGGAGGCUCCCAGCCGUGUCUGCACUAUGAACUGCCAAACCAAGCUCAUUGUGGUGGUCAGGGAUCCUGUGACGCGGGCCGUGUCUGACUACACCCAGACACUCUCCAAGAACCCAGGCCUUCCAUCCUUCCAGAGCCUGGCUUUAAAAAACUCCACCACAGGUCUGAUUGACACCACGUGGAGCGCAGUGCGCAUCGGCCUCUACGCCAAACAUCUGGAGAACUGGCUCCAGCACUUCCCCUUGUCUCAUUUUUUGUUUGUUAGCGGCGAGCGGCUGGUGUCUGAUCCAGCCGGGGAGAUGGGCCGGGUUCAGGAUUUCCUGGGUCUGAAAAGGGUUGUUUCGGACAAGCACUUCUACUUCAACCAAACCAAAGGUUUUCCCUGCUUGAAGAAGCCCGAGGGGAGCAGCAGACCUCGUUGCCUCGGAAAGUCUAAGGGCAGACCGCAUCCCCAAAUCCCCUCCGAGGUCCUGCAGAGGCUCAGAGACUUCUACAAACCCUUCAACCACCGUUUCUACCAGAUGAGUGGACAAGACUUUGGCUGGGACUGAGAGAGGAGAUUCCUGUCAGAUAAAAGCCAGUUUGACUUUUUAAUGCUCCACAGGACUAGCGUUCUCAGGGACGGGGUAGAGGAAUACAAAGUCCACAAGCUGAACUCAGUGGACUCGACAUGACAUGCAGCACAUGAACAGUUUUGUCGUAGAGAAGAAGCUGGCAUGAACACAGUGCUGCCAAUAUGCAAGUUACAUAAAUGGCUUAGUUAUCAAACCAGUGAUACUCAAUUUAUGGCCCACAGGCCAAAUCUGGCCCCUGACAGGGUGCCACGUGGCUUGGACCCCCUCCAACCAUUCACAGUAAAAAUAAAGUGAUUCACACUGGGAAUUGUUUUUGUACUUUUAGUACACGUAACGGUGCCAGAGU